AUGGGCAGAUGGGGCAGGGCCGGAGCCACUCUCAUCACUUGCUUGGGCUGCCUCUGCUCCUGCACCUGUCCACCACACUUAAUGGUCCCGCUGCACCUGGAGAGGCCAUCACGCUCUGCCAUCAAAGCUCUGGAGCCCACUGCGGAGAGGGGGGCCAGCCUGUACCUCCUGCCGGCGGCCCCGGUGUCUGCAGAAGAUUGGGUAGUGGCUUCAGGAGAGAUGGAUGUCAGGCCGGAUGCUUAUUACACUUUGGGAGCAGCACAAAAAGCCGGUCAGGGCACUUCAUCCAUCAUAUGUUUGCACUCACCCCUCAUAUGUCCUGAGCAGAUCAUCAGACUAUAG